AUGAAUUAUUUGAAAUUUUCCAUCUCGCUUUAUGUGGCCUUCAUCCUUAGUUUAUUUGCCAAAAACGAUGUGUUUGCUCAGUUGACUAUUUCAGAAUUAUCGGAUCAAAUCUUGAUAACAUCAGUUGACUAUUUUGAAUCCUCUUUCAGUGGAGCUUCAGUAGCAUCCACAGCAACCUCUUCAGUAGUAUCCACAGCAACCUCUUCAGUAGCUGGAACUACCGCUACUAGUAUAUCAAGUGCUGCUAGUACAUCGGCUACAUUAGCUACCACUGGAGCAAGCAGUCAAACUCCUAUAACACCAACUCCAACCACUAAUCCUUGCCUUCGUAAUCCUUGUGGGCAAAAAGCGGUUUGUGUACUUAAUGCGGCUCUCCAAAGUGGCUAUAACUGCCAAUGUCGAAUAGGCUAUUAUCAACAAAAUUCGACAGCCACUUUACAAAAUGACCAAAGUUGCCAAGCCGCAAAAUACUUUACUGGUAAUAUUUCUAUCAAUACUGCCUUCAAUAACAAUCUCAAUGAUCCUAAUAACGUAGAAGGAAAGAAAAUUCGAAAUCAGGCUAAACUAGAAUUGGAAAAAGCCAUCAGAAACUCUUCAGACACCGCUCAAAAUUUCUUAAGUGUCGUUAUCGAAAAGAUUAGCCAAAAACCUGGUGGUGGCAUUACAAUUUCAUUUUAUGCUGUAUAUGGUGCCAAUGCAGCGGUUCUGCCUGCUGCUAUUCAGAGUACCGUGGAAAAUAACGUUCAGAGCAUUGAUAAUUAUAAUGUUACUCAAGUUGCAGCAAUAACACAAACUAACGAAUGUCAACUUGCCAACGAUCCAUGUUCUGGAGUGAUGCAGGAAUGUCAAGACACGAAUGAUGGUUAUACUUGUAAAGUCUGCACAACAGAACAGUAUUUUAAUUCUUCUACAAAGAAAUGCACAGCUAAGCCUAUAAAGAGUUGUCCCAGUCCAUGUCUCAAUGGGGGCACUUGCCAGACUUCUCUUUCAGUUCCUACUUGCAGCUGUACUCAAUUUUUUACCGGUUCCGCGUGUGAAAGUCUUUCUACUUUAACUAUCAUUUUAAUUACCAGUGGUAGCACCGUCUUGGUCUUGGUUGUCAUUGCUCUAGUAGUAUGCUUAAUUUAUAAGAAAAGACAGCGACCUAUUAGAUCAGGUACGAAUUUAUACGAAAAUUCUGAGGACGGUAAAGGCCACGUUAACAAUUACUAUGAGAUGGCAACAACGGAAGAUUACGCAGAAGUGGAUGCGGGAGUUCCUAAGCGACCCUAUGCCGGCGUGCUUGGUGGAAAUCAAACUACCGUCAUUUAUGAUAGUAAACAAGCUUUAAUUCGCCAGAGCCGAAUAUUCGAGGAAUAG